AGCGGCCGACGGCCCGAGAGUCAAGUUUCGAGGUGGUCCCCCAAUUCACCCUACUUCGAUUUAUUUUGCCCUUGACAUAUCCCGAGAGCAGCUUCAACCGGUCGAGGCAGCAGACGACAUCACAGGCUUGCUGUUAGACUGGGGCUGGACAGCGCUGCAGGGGUUCCCAGCACAGUGGCCUCGGCACCCAGGGUGUACCUACCGACAGGUUGCCGGGCUGGGCUGCCAAGGCACAGCACAGCACAGCAUGGCAAGCGCCGCGACGUCGGCCGCCAACACUGGCGUCGUCGUCAAGACCUCGUCAUGCUCCUCCUCCUCCUCCUCCGCCGCCAACACCAACAGCAGCAGUAACAAAAUAAACAACUGUAUGCUCGCGGGCCUCGUCUGUAGAGACAACAUCCACCUCAUCAUCGGCACAAACCCCCUCGCCGCCUCCCGCUGCAACCAGUCCCUCGCCGCGGGCGCGAUACCCAUCCUCAUCGCCCCCGAGACGGCGGACCUGCACUACGGCCUGCAGGCCAAGAUCGAUGACAAGUCGCUCCGGUGGGAGAAGAAGGCCUUUGAAGACGAUGAUCUGUUCCGGCUCGGGCGUCAGGAUGUCGGCCGCGUCGUCGACGCCGUCUUCGUCACUGGCGGACCGCGGGAUCCCCUGAGCGAGCACAUCUCCAGCCUCUGCCGGCGCAACCGCAUCCCCGUCAACGUCGUCGACGCGCCGCACCUCUGCACCUUCACCCUCCUAUCCGUCCACGCCGACGGCCCGCUGCAGGUUGGCGUCACCACCAACGGCCGCGGCUGUAAGCUCGCCUCGCGUAUACGCCGCGAGAUUGCUUCCUCGCUGCCGCCUGGGCUGGGUCCCGCGUGCGCCCGCCUCGGCGAGGUGCGCCGCCGCAUCCAGGACGACGACUGCCUCGCUCUCGGCGACCUCGACGACUCGCUCGACCAGGGCGCCCUCUUCAACCGCCUCGUGGCCGAGGAGGAUGUGCGCAACCGGCGCAUGCGCUGGCUCAGCCAGGUCUGCGAGUACUGGCCGCUCAGAAAGCUCGCCUCCAUCGCCGACGACGACGUCGACCGCCUCUUCGCCGCGUACAACGGACCCUCGCGCAAGCCUCGCCACCACGACAACGGGCCUGCGCAGCAGCAGCAGCCGAGGGUCGGCAGGCUGAUCCUUGCGGGCAGCGGGCCCGGCCACCCGUCGCUCCUCACGCGCUCCACGCUCGACGCCAUCCACCGCGCCGACCUCGUCCUCGCCGACAAGCUCGUCCCCGCGCCCGUGCUGGAGCUCAUCCCCCGGCGCACGCCCGUCCACAUUGCGCGCAAGUUCCCCGGCAACGCGGAGCGCGCGCAGGAGGAGCUGCUCGAGGCCGCGCUCCAGGGCGUGCGCGACGGCAAGACGGUCCUGCGCCUGAAGCAGGGCGACCCGUUCGUCUAUGGCCGCGGCGGCGAGGAGGUGGACUGGUUCAAGGGCAAGGGGCUCGGCGACAGAGUCCGUGUCCUCCCCGGCAUGACGAGCGCCCUGAGCGCGCCGCUCUUCGCCGGUGUGCCGGUCACGCAGCGCGAUGUGGCCGACCAGGUGCUCAUCUGCACCGGCACGGGUAAGAAGGGCAAGCCCCCGACGCCGCCCGAGUACGUCGCCUCCCGGACCGUCGUCUUCCUGAUGGCCCUGCACCGCAUCGUCGGGCUCGUCCGCGAGCUCACCUCUCACAUUCCCGCCUCCUCCGCUGACUCGGGAGCGGACACCACCACCACCACCACCACUGAGAGCCCCUCUCCCGAAGCAGCAGCCCUCGCCGCGGCCACGGCCGCCGACGAUGACGACGACAAGAAGCGCGCCCUCUGGCCGCUCUCCACCCCCUGCGCCGUCAUCGAGCGCGCCAGCUGCCCCGACCAGCGCAUCAUCCGCACCACCCUCGCUCACGUCGCCGAGGCCAUCGAGUCCGAGGGCAGCCGCCCCCCGGGGCUCCUCGUCGUCGGCAGGGCCUGCGACGUGCUCCACCCCCGCGAAAAGGGCCGCGCUUGGCUCGUCGAGGAGGGCUUCCGCGGCCUAGACGACGAUGACGACGACUCUUCCUCCUCGGUCGCCGAGUGGGCUGCCGGUCUUGCCGCCGUCACCGACGUGCGCGAAACGAUACCUGCGUGACAUCAGUGCCGCGCCGCCCCUGCGACGACCGGCCCUGCCUGUCUGCCACGCAAGCAUGUAUGCAUGCCGGAUGUAGAGCUAGCAUGCACGUUGCAAGUAGUGUCACGCGCUCCGCCGUUUGCGACACGACAAUUGCCCUCGCGCAUGAAAUGCUCGACCACCUCACUGUGCCCCAUCAUGCAUUGGCACACCAGGCUCAAGCUCCCUUUCUAGAUACCCAAAAUGCCUGGCCAUUGUGCCAGAUGGCGUUUCGGGCAUCCGAUGGUGCGGGCUUGCAAAGGCGUGGUUCUGCACUCGCACUUUGUCAUCACGGCCGUGCCUGGCUUUGGGGGGUGGGAUGACGGCGAAACGUCCUAUGUCUUGAUGUAUCGUCCUGUCGGGCCACAUUUGUUUGGAAGGAGGGGUGUGUGACAUGGACAAGACUCAAACAAGCGGAGCAUCUCAGGCGUUGAGCAAGCAAAUCGAAACGAUUCAUCCCAAGAACGCGUGGCCAAUGCUCAUCGAUAUUGUGAUUGGUUGUUUGCGAGUCACGCCAUCAAACGACGUUGUGAAACGUGUGUGCAGAGUCUCUAUUCCACUGCCCCUCGAAUAGGGAGGGCAUCAUCGCUAGAAAUGCCAUGCGGUAUAACCAUC